AUGCAGGGUGGAAGGAACAUGGCUCCAUUCGUCCAGCAAGGGCUGCAGACUCAACACGCGGACAACCUCUCAGAUGGCAAAUCCUUCGUGUGUCUCAUGCCAUAUGGUCUGGAUUAUUCUACAAUCCUUAUUAUGAUUGCCAUCUCGUAUGAUGUGGCCCUUCUCUUUCUUUCUCUUCGUUUACCAGCCACCCUCGCUACUACUAGUAGUUCUGUAGUAGUCCCUCGUAGUCCAUCGACUAAUCGAUCGCCAAACGGUGCGGCUGUUCCCUCCUCCAAAAGGUCUCCAACCGGAUCAUCCGCGGAAGCUGUGCUGUCACUUCCAUUACUGGAUGUCACCCCAAGCGGGCAGUAA